AAUAAUGUCCUAGACCUAUAGAGAAAGCAAAUAUACUGUAUACCAAGAUUCCUUUUUUAGGUCCGGACUGCAGAUUGGUGCUGAAGCCUGUUGUGUAAAGAAAGAAUCAAAGAAUGGAUUACACUGUAACAGCACGAAUGAAAUAUUCUUUUGGAGUCGGACAUGUUCUUAAUGAUUUGUGUGCUUCAAUGUGGUUUAGCUAUUUGCUGAUCUUUUUCCACAAGAUUUUACAAUUUAGCAACAGUAUGGCUGGAAAUAUAUUAUUAGUCGGACAAAUAGCUGAUGGUAUUGCCACGCCGUUUGUUGGCUAUGAGUCAGAUAAAUCCUACUUCGCAUGCAAGUAUGGAAAAAGAAAAUCCUGGCACUUAGUAGGGACAGUAUGUGUGGCAAUGACAUUUCCUCUUUUAUUCUUGCACUGCAUUGGAUGUAAUGAAAGUUCACCCGAAUAUGCACAGUUUAUAUAUUAUGCUCCAUUGGUGGUGAUUUUUCAGUUUGGUUGGGCUGCAACUCAGAUAAACCACCUUGCACUAAUACCUGACUUAACCAACAAUGAUGAAGACAGAGUCAGCUUAAAUGCAAUUAGGUAUGCAUUCACAGUGUUCAGUGGUAUCAUUGUAUAUGGUGUAGCAUGGGGAAUUCUUGGAAUGCAAGACAGCAGUUCAGAUAUGCUUUCUCCAGCUGAUGCGCCAGCUUUUCGGAAUUUGGUAUUAUCUGUUGUUGGAAUUGGUAUUUUGUUCUCCAUCAUAUUUCAUGUUGGGUUAAAAGAAAGGAAGAGACAAUCAACAUCUGUUGUUAUCAAUGAGUCAACUGACGACGAUGAUGUAUCACAAGAUCAUAUGAUACCCUCAAAAAGAAAAUCACUAUCUGAAAAUUCUCCGUUAUUGCAUGGAACAAAAAGACAAUCAUCAGGCAUUGAAUACCAAAGCACUGCAGUAGUAUGUACAGAAACACCAGCUCUCUCCUGGUUUGACUGGUUCAAAAAAACAAUAUUUUAUCAGAUGGCGUUGUUGUAUAUGUGUACUAGGUUGGUUGUUAACUUAUCUCAGGUUUACUUGACAAUGUACUUGACUGACUCACUGUUUCUUAACAAGACAUUCAUAGCCAUUGUACCGCUUGUUGUCUAUGUUUCCAGCUUUUUAGCUGCUGUGUGUGUUAGACCUGUGGCACUGUUUCUUAAACAAGAGCAAAUCUACCUUUGUGGAAGCUUAUGUGUGAUUGGUGCGUGUACAUGGGCUCAUUUCUUACCUGAAAAUUCAAUGCAAAUAUUUGGUCUUGCUGUUGUUCUUGGGAUUGGAACAUCCACAAUACUUGUUAUGUCUCUAUCAAUGACCGCUCGUUUAAUUGGAAAAGAAACGAGAACUGGUGCAUUUGUGUAUGGUGCAAUGAGCCUCACUGAUAAAUUAUCUAAUGGAGCUGCUGUCGUUAUUAUUCAAAACCUCAAUCCUUGCAAGUGCAAUUGUCCGUUGUGUGCUGAAUACUUCCGUGCCAUCAUGUCUUAUGUUAUUGGAGGUAUUACCAUUAUUGCCAUGAUGACAAUAAUAAGUAUCAUCACCACGAAAAGGGCAUGUCAUACAUCAUCAUGUAGAAGCUGAAAAAGAAGUGCAAUCUUUCUGUGUUGAAACAGACCACAUUCUCUGCCUUAUAUGUCAGUGGGAAUAUUGCGAUGUUGUUUUUUUUCAUACACAUUCAUUAUAUCUUCAUAGCUUAUUCAGAAUUUUGUUAAUAACCUAAUAUAUUCUCAUUCAGUGUUAAGUUGAAAUGUAUUAAUCUCUUAUUAAUGUCUGUUCUACUUUAAAAUUCAUAUCUGUGGUUUCAUGGUCAACCCUAUUAUUUAGUUUAAAAAAAGUUGGAUGGAAUGUAAUAUUGUAUUGGUGUUGCUAACAAACAUAACGUAAUACUUAAAAUUUCUCUUCUGAUUAAAAAAAAACUUAAAAUUUCUCUUUUUAAAAAAACAACUAAAUUUUACUGUACAAACAUUCUAUCUUCAUCUGUAUAUGGUGCAACAAAUUACCAGAAAAGUAUUUCACAAUUAAUGUUUUUUUCUAACUUUUGGGUGACUGUGAAAUGUUAAAACCAACUGCUUUAAAUAAUUAGUUUACCUAUUUUUCAUGAUUUCUUAUUGUAUUACUUUGUAAUCACCGCUGUCAACAUUUGUAUUUAUUCAAUAACUUCAGAAUCUUUAUUACAUCUUUUUCUGUAUUUCUUGGUGCAAAACAUCUUCCAAUGAUUUUUAAUCAAUUCACUUGUUGAUGUAACUCAUUUUUUUACAUUUUUGAAUUUCAUAAAAUUUUGACACAUGAAUAACAAUCCAUUUUAUUGUAACAGUAGCAUAAAAGUUCAGACACAUAAGUUUCCCGGGUAAAUUCCUAAUUUUAAAUUAGGAAAAUUGCAAUUUUGCAAAUUGAUGUUAGGAGAGAAUCAUUCCUUGCUGUGUCAUUGUGAUUUUUACACUUUAUGUGUCAUUGUGAUUUUUACACUUUAAUAAAAUACAACUUGUGCCUGAUUUUCCAACGAUUGUAACACGGUGUUAUUAAAAUAAAAAAGCUUCAA